AUGGAAAAAUUAACCAAACGACAAUCGAUAUGGCGUAGUAACGAAAAAGAAAAUGAGAAAAUUGUUAAUCAAAAAGAGAUUAAAAUGGAUAAUUUUAUGAAAGUUCCUCAUGAAAUCAUGUUAAUUAUUAUGAAUUUUCUUGAUGGAAUUUCAUUGUUAAACCUAUCCAUGGCGAAUAGGAAGUUAAGAUAUCAUGCGCAAGAUAAUUUGCUUUGGUUGGAAGUUUGUCUGAGAGAAUAUCCUGUUAAUAUGAUGGGAAUCGUUAAAGAUAAAAAAAGAACUCUUGUACAAGAUUAUAAAUGGAUGGAUAUUUGGAAGGAAUUUGAUCGGAAGAAUUAUACAUUUGUUUUUACUGAGAAAGAAAAUUUCGCCAUUCCAAAUCGUUGGUAUGAAUCAACCAGUGAUGAAAAUCACCCAAAAGUAAUAAAGACAAAUCACGAAUUUUUUGAGUUAUUUGUGGUUUUCGUAUCAAUUUAUCCGGGAACUUAUGAGCUAAUUUGGGAAAUGAAAAUUGGCACGAUUCAUGAGGGCUGUAAUUUUAAAUUUAACACCAAAGUGAUAGAUCACAAUUGGAAUAAAAUUUUAAAGACGUAUUCAUAUAAACCCAAACCUGAAGAAUUUAAAAAGAUGUCCAAACAAGGCUGGUGUAAUUUUAAAGUACCGAAUAAAAUCGUGGUAGAACACGAACAACACGUGAAAACUGAAUUUAGAAGAUAUACAACACUCGAGGAAAAUGAAGGCUCCUUGUGGUUUGAAUCAUUAGAAUUGUAUUGUGUACAUUUACAAAGAUGUACAAACGAUGCAUUGUCGACUCCUAAAAAAGAUCAAACAAUGUCAAAAAGUAUUAAAAGGUUAACCAAAAUGCUAAGCUUUUAG